CACCUCGGUCAAGAAGGGGUGUUGGAUGCGGUGUCUCCUUCACAUCGCCCUCCAGCUGGACACGAUUUGCUGAGAACACAGACUGUCUCCCCGAACAUUUGUCAGAAGAAUGGCUGUCCCCCCCUCAUACGGCGACCUUGGCAAAUCAGCGAAGGAUAUCUUUAAUAAAGGAUAUGGUUUUGGAUUGGUGAAACUUGAUGUGAAGACUAAGUCCUCAAGUGGAGUGGAAUUCAAAACCUCUGGCUCAUCCAACACGGACACCAGCAAAGUCAAUGGGAACCUGGAAACCAAAUACAAGUGGGCUGAAUAUGGGUUGACAUUUACAGAGAAGUGGACUACAGACAACACACUUGGGACAGAGAUUACUGUGGAAGACCAGAUUACUAAAGGGCUGAAACUUACAUUUGACACCACAUUCUCACCAAAUACUGGGAAGAAGAGUGGAAAGGUCAAAACCGCCUAUAAGCGUGAAUAUGUCAACCUUGGCUGCGAUGUAGACUUUGACUUUGCUGGACCUGCCAUUCAUGGGGCUGCCGUGGCAGGCUACGAGGGCUGGCUGGCUGGCUACCAGAUGACCUUCGACACGGCCAAAUCCAAGAUGACCCAGAGCAACUUUGCCGUUGGUUACAAGACCGGCGACUUCCAGCUGCACACCAAUGUUAAUGAUGGCACAGAAUUUGGUGGGUCCAUCUACCAGAAGGUGAACGACAAGCUGGAGACUGCUGUGAACCUGGCCUGGACCGCAGGGAGCAACAGCACCCGCUUUGGCAUUGCUGCCAAGUACCAGCUGGACUCCACUGCCUCCAUAUCUGCUAAAGUGAACAAUGCCAGCUUGGUGGGAGUUGGCUACACUCAAACUCUACGGCCAGGUAUGAAGCUUGUCCUUUCUGCUCUGGUGGACGGAAAGAGCAUCAAUGCUGGAGGCCACAAACUGGGCUUGGGGCUAGAGUUGGAGGCCUAAGCAUGUCCACAAACCCAGUGACCUCACAGUUAAGGUAAUUUCAGCAGAAACUGGCAUUGCGUGUCUCCAGCCCACUCAGCAAAACACACUCCCGCAGGGAUCAAUGCCCCCCCCCCCCCCCCCCUCACCCCCCCCCCCCCCCCCCCCCCCCCCCCCCCCCCACUGUCCUGAUACUGUUAGAUGGCCUACCUUACAACCACUGUCUAAAUUUGUCGCCAUUAUGUGUUUACCGAGUCUGUUAUUUAUACAGCCAUGUACCUCAACCCUGUUCAGUUCCUGCUAUGAAAUGCAUCCUUCUAAUUAACGCAAACCUGUAUUUGUUGAUUUGGUUUAUCAGACAAUCCAAGUACAGUUCUAAGAGAAUUCUCAGAUUUUACUUGUGUGAUAAUGUAAUCUGAACAUAGAAUGUAAACCUGAACUUAUUUUGCACACUAGUGGACACCUUUUUACCUUUUAUUUAUACCCUACUUCUCCCUUAUCGUUUGCACAUGUAUUAGCAUUUCAUUAGUAAAAUGCUUUGCCUGUUGUCAUGGCUGCUCCUACUUAAAAAUGCUUACCAACUAGACACUAUUUGAUUGGAUGAUCUGUAUUUAUAAGUACAUGUUUAUUCUUGCCCACCCUGAGGUCAAAUGUAGGCCCAACCUCGAUUAUCUUGAUCAAACUGCUUCUUAGUUGAACAUGGAAGUUGCAAGACGAUGCCAAAUGGUUUUUUUCUCUGUGUGAUUAGAGUGAUGGUACAGAUCUGAGUGCCUCCUCCACAUGCCCAACCCAUAGUUGUGUAAAAUUGAUUGGGAAAUUGAUCAGAAACCUAGUCAGUGUGUAUGUCUACCUUUGCAAUAAAGUCUUUAAACAGAA